CCUUUGAAUACCGCAUGUAAACAAAUUUCUGAUUGGUGCUUUUCGAUCCUGAGACCUGCAGAGCUAAGGAUAAAUAUUUCGGUGUUACGAUUUCGCCGCAUCAAACUCUGUUAUUUAGUGUUUGUCUUGUUGAGCUAUUUCAUCAUGUCCGGUCGCGGUAAAGGCAAAGCCAAGGGUACCAAAUCCAAGAGUCGCUCAUCCCGAGCAGGGCUUCAAUUCCCUGUCGGUCGAAUCCACCGUCUUCUCCGUAAAGGCAACUACGCUGAGCGUGUUGGCGCCGGUGCUCCAGUGUACUUGGCUGCUGUGCUUGAAUAUUUAAGCGCUGAGAUCCUCGAGUUGGCAGGCAAUGCUGCUCGUGACAACAAGAAAACAAGAAUCAUUCCUCGUCACCUUCAGCUUGCUGUCCGUAAUGACGAAGAGUUGAACAAACUGCUCGCCGGUGUCACCAUCGCACAGGGAGGCGUUCUUCCUAACAUCCAGGCAGUACUCCUGCCCAAGAAGACCGAGAAGAAACCUAAAGCCUAAACCAAUUUCAUCGGUUGAAACAAACGGCUCUUUUAAGAGCCAACAGAUAUUGAAAAGAGUCAUGACCAACUUUCCACACUAGUUAAAUAAUCUUAACUUUGCGUUACAAAUAACAUAAUCGAAACUUUAUUGCUUUCGCCAUUUUUUUGUCUAUCUCGUAAAAAUUUAUUUAUUUUUGCUCGUAUUGCGGAGGAUUUUACAGUGUUUCUUACUCUAAAUACGCGCGAUUUAUUAGCUUGUUCUAAGAGAAUGGUUCGGACAUUACACUUGAACUCUAUUCGAAAAAAUACGUUACAAUCAGGUAAUCGGCGUAGUGCGCCAGCACGGGAGUCCAUCCACAGCUUACUUUGCCGUUUGAUCGAACGCGCCAUUGGCUUAAUCUUUUUAACUCUGGGUUGAUUAAACUAUGUUGCAGAGUAAUAUUUAUAGGAUUCACCGCAAAACUUGCGUAGCGUGAGCAUUCGUGCUACUUGAUGCACCCGCUUGUAAGUUUCGUCUGAAUAGCAUUGAGGGUUGUAAGA